AUGGCAGACGAUGUGAAGGAUAUCAAGGAGGACAUUAAAGACGAAGCUAAAAGUGAAGCUGAUGAUGAAUACAUCGAUGAACCUGUCCCUUUAGAAUCUAAAGCCAAAGAUGAAGGUCACUCAGAUGAGUACUUGGCAGAUGAUUUGGAUAUUGAACCUGCGAGCAAUUCAACUUCUAGAAAGCGCAGAAGAGUUACAAAUACCGAUAAGAACAGCUAUCAAGUAAAUAAUAUACAAAACGAAUUGGAUCAAUCGUUAAAUCUAUAUAAUAAAAUGAAAGACUUGAAGGAUGAUAGUGGUAGAUUAUUAUCAACAGAAUUCAUUAACCUUCCUAAUGGUGAAUUUCUCCCCGAUUAUUAUACCGUUAUUAAGAAGCCAAUAUCUUUUCAACAAAUUGAAGCAAGAAUCAAUAACAAGGAAUACGUCAGCAUGCUUGAAAUGAAAAAUGACUUUGAACUCUGCUUCGCUAAUGCAAAGAAAUACAACGCAAAGAACAGUCAAAUCGUAGUUGAUGCUAAAUUUAUGCUUAAGAAAGUUAAAGAGUGGUUCCAAAAGUUCUGUGAAUAUGGUAGCGUUGACGGUGGUCCUGAUCCUAAUGAGAGUGGCUUCUUCUUCCCUCAACAGAAAUCUAAAAGAGGUAGACCCAAGGGUAUAAACAAGAUUGUGAAGAAAGUUAUUGACAAAUUGAUGGCCCAUCGUGAUAAAGAUACUGGUAAAUUACUAUCAGAGCCCUUCAAUAUUCUACCUGAAGAGAAGGAGGUGCCUUACUACUACGAUGUGAUUGACAACCCAAUGUCGUUCGAUAUCAUUAACAAGAACAUGGCUGAGAAAUUUUACACCACAAUCAGUGAAAUAGUCGAAGAUAUGGAGCUCAUGUUCAACAAUGCGAUGCAUUUCAAUGAAGAAGGCUCGGAAAUCUACAACGACGCUAGAGAAUUGAAAGACAUAAUGUACGAACUGCUAAAAAUGUUCGUACCCGAUGACAUGCUGGACGAGAAGCUGUUCAGAAUAGUAAUGACACCAGAUGGUCAACGCAUACCUUCUACAUAUGUUGACGUUAAACCACCACCCAAAACAAGACCAUCAUUUCCUCUUAAAGCUGCACCUAAUUUUGAUAUCAGUCAGUAUCAAUCUGAGCGCUCAUCAAUUGAUCCAACAAAUGAAAAUUUUGCAUCACAACCACUGCUAAAAUCUCAUCAACAAUCACCAUCUGCUACACCGUCUAAAAUUGAAACACAGAAGAAGGACGAGAAAGAUGAACUUAUUUUACCUAUUGAGGCAAGGGCGGACUCUACACAUGAAAAUAAAAUGUUAAAGAUGCAGCCCUCACUUAUGGCGAUGAAGAUUGGGAGAUCAUUCGUCGAUCUUAGAUAUUUCGUUGACCAUACUCUCACGAUUCCAUUCCCACCUGGUAUCAAUGUUGAGGUGAAAACGUACGACAAGGAAGAUAUAAAAACCGAAGGUAGGGAUAUUCUGUUGAGGUUCAAUGGUUCAAUAAUACAAUUUGGAUCAACUACAACGUGUCAACCAGGGGAGCAGAACUGGUUAGUUACAUUGCAAAGGAAGAACGUGAUGGAAGUAUUUGUGAGGUACACGAAAAGUGACGAUAAAAUAGAGUCGACUGAGAUGUACAGAGUUUUCUUGUCAGCUGGAGGAUAG